UUGAUCUGGAAAUACUGGUGCAUGAGCACAUGGUCUGCUUAUCUCUCCAUUAAGUUAGUAAAGGAGAGCAUGUUUUCAGAGCAGGUGACCCCUGGACCAAUCUAUCCAGCGAUAUGCCGCCAAUCCUAGAGCUCAGCGUCCUCGAGAGCGCCGUCGCGGCGCCCUCGCCGCCGGCGCCGGAGACGGCCUGCUCCCUGCCACUCAACUUUUUCGACGUCUUCUGUCUCAACUCCCCGCCUGUGGAGCGCGUCUUCUUCUACCGCCUCACCCCAGGCACCGGCGACGACAUCACCACCAUCCUCUCCAACCUCAAGUCCUCGCUGUCCAAAGCUCUCGGCGUUUUCUACCCGCUAGCCGACCGCCUCCGCCUCACCCCGGGGACCGACGACCGCUACGAGCUCCACUACCAGCCGGGCGACGGCGUCACCUUCACCGUCGCCGAGUACGACGGCGACGUCGACGAACUGGCGGAGGACGAGACGAGGGUGAAAUGAUCCGACACGGUACGG